UACUCCCAUCUCUCUGUAAAUUGUGGGGACAACGACAAACAACCAUGUCGACGAUCUAGCAAACAAAGCCCUAAAAUUUUCUCUAUAAUUUUUUUUUCAGAAAUUUAUUUACUUUCUCUUCAACGUCAAAGCUUCCAUAUGUUUUGCCCAGAAAUUGAAUUUUGCCAAUUAUAUAUACACCAUUUUUCUUUGUAGAUAUAUCGUUUUGGGUAUACGUUCAUCUGGGUAUUCUUUGUAGUUAAAGAAAAGGUCGUUUUGAGCUUUUUUGUGUAGCUAAAUUGACUCAUUGUGUUCAGACUCACCGAGUCACCGCUGGUUUUUUUUUUCGGUAAUUUGUAUUUGAACUUCAUCAAGCGCAGCCCUUUUUUCGUUUUUAACCAUUUUAAUACUUAUGUGGAGUUUCACGAUUAUCUUAGGCUUCGAGUGUUUAAAAUAUUAUUAUUUUAUUUUAUUUUAUUUCGUUUUAAGGUAAGCGAAUGAUUGUACAUGUAACUUUUUGUGUCUGUGUAAACUUAUGUGACUUCCAAGCAUAAUUUUCAUAUUUUGGUUUAUGUUUUGUGGAAACCUUUGUGUAAUGAUGGACUAUCAUGGAAAAUGAGUUGAUAGCUAUUAUAUUUGCUCGAACAGUGUUCAUUUUAAUCUAAACAUAUGAAGAAUUAUCACUAGAAUGUCCUGUCCUUAGGCUCUCAGUAGAAUCUAUUUGUGUAUAUGUGAUAUAGAGAACAGGUAUGUAUAGUAUUACAUCUUAGCAUUUCUGAGGCUUGAAAAAGAUUUAUUUCUUGUUGAUAAGGUGCCAAAAUGGUUUCUGCAUUACCUGGAAAAGGGUGCUCCCCUGAGAAAAUUUCCCUUGUUUUGUCUUUCCGAUUGACUGAAGUGGGAAUAUAACCUCGUGGAAUAGCCUCUAAGAAUCGCUCCCCUCAAGGAAAAACACUUAUCAUUUGUUGUUUAUUAGUGGCAUCCCAAAAACGUUUGGGGUCGAAAAAUGGCUUUCAAAAAUUAAGCACAUGUUUGGUAGGGAUUCAAAACUAGAUUUAAUCUUAGUCAAAGUUAGCAAUUAGUUUUAGCCAUAUAUUUGAUGAGUCACACAACUUUUUAACCACACAUUUUAUCAACUUUUAACAAAAUGUAUUACAAAUCUGAUUCUAACUCCCACCAAACAGGGGCUAAGUAUUUAAACCAUAUCUUUAAUGGACCAAUUUUCAAAUUAACUUUUUAACUGAGUUGUCUUUUUCCCCAAGUGUUAAUGCAUCUAGAUAUCUAUGCAUAUUUAUUUGAACUCUAAAUUGGUGAUUCUAUUGAACUUUUUGAAUAUGGCUGUAAUGUUUCUGUAACAGCAUGGUUUUGAUAUUUGAGGAGGUCGCAUAGUUGAAACCAUGGGUAGUAAUGAGAUGGACAAAUCCUCUAAGGAGGGGAAGGAAGCAAAGGAGCCCAAAACUCCUACUUUACAGGAGCAGCCUUCAGCUACGGCCUCAGGCACGGUUACUGGCGACUGGUCUGGCUUUCAGGCAUAUUCUCCAAUGCCUCCAACUGGAUUCUUGGCGUCAAGUCCUCAGGCACACCCGUAUAUGUGGGGAAUUCAGCAAUUUAUGCCACCAUACGGUACUCCUCCACAUCCAUAUGUCGCUAUGUAUCCUCAUGGGGGUAUAUAUGCACAUCCAACUAUGCCUCCGGGGUCUUAUCCUUUCAGUCCUUUUGCCAUGUCUUCUCCAAAUGGUAUUGCUGAAGCUUCUGGCAACACACCUGGAAACAUGGAGUUGGAUGGCAAGUCAUCUGAGGGGAAGGAAAAACUUCCCAUCAAAAGAUCGAAGGGACGUUUGGGCUCUUUGAACAUGAUUACUGGAAAGAACAUUGAACCCGGUAAAACAUCAGGAGCAUCUGCAAAUGGGGUCUAUUCCAAAAGAAAUAUUAGUAUGUUCUCUGAAAGGUUGGGGGAAGUUGCUUCUGUAGUGAACUAUGAUGCACCGAUGCGGAUACAAUCAAAUCCAACGGGAGCAGAUGUAGGCGAGGGGACCUGCAAAAUGAUCAAUGAUGAUAGAGAGCUCAAAAGACAGAGAAGGAAGCAGUCAAACAGAGAAUCAGCUCGUCGAUCCAGACUGCGAAAACAGGCAGAAUGUGAUGUACUGGCCCAGCGUGCUGAAGCUAUGAAAGAAGAAAAUGCGUCUCUUGGAGCAGAGGUGACUCGUAUUAGGAGUGAGUAUGAGCAGCUUCUUGCUCAGAAUGCAGCUCUCAAGGAGAGACUUGGUGAAUUUCCAGAAGAAGAAGAUCCAAUAUCCAGUCGGGAUGACCAAAAUGCAGGCCACGAUUCUCAGAAUUCUGGGCAAGCGGAGCAUAUUCAAAGUGCUCAAUUAAGUCGUCCAAAAUGAAGUACAAGGCUUAACCCUAACCGAUAGUUUACAGGAAACCUAAAUUUGUGUAGCGUGUAGUUUAAAAUUCAUCAAAAUCUGAGUUUUUAGCGUCAAAACGUGCUCAAAUUUUACCCAUCAUUUCUCAUUUCAACCAAUGUUUUAUGGUUGAGGAAUGUGGAUGGUAUGUAACUGGAAAAUUAAGGUUUACCCUCGUUCUGUCAAGGAAGGUAACGACCUUAAUCUAUGUUACAUUUGUGUGCUGAAUAUUGUUUGUGAAAAUGCUACUGGGAGAGAGAAUUGGUGCUUAUCCUCCUUUAACCAUUGAUAUAUAAUUAAUACGUUAUAUGA